UCCAGGUACAGCACUGUGGAAUAUCAGAUCCAGAGCUCUUGGAGCCGGCUGUUUUAAAGAAAAUGAGUGAAAGUGCCGCUGACACAAAGACGCUGUGCCUUUUCGAUGUAGACGGUACGCUCACCGCUGCACGCCAGCGCGUGACACCGAAGAUGUACGAAUUCCUUCAGCGCCUUCGGGGGCGCGUACGUGUCGGUGUGGUGGGGGGCUCCGACCUCGACAAGAUCCGGGAGCAACUAGGGGAGGACGUUGUACAGAAGGCGGAUUAUGUGUUUGCUGAGAAUGGACUUGUGGCCUAUAAGAAUGGACAACUUCUGGCAGUGCAGAGCAUUCAGGCGCACAUGGGGGAGGAACUUCUUCAAGACUUCAUCAACUUCUGCCUCAACUACAUGGCCAAGAUCAAGUUGCCCAGAAAAAGGGGAACGUUUAUUGAGUUCCGUAACGGAAUGCUGAAUGUGUGUCCUGUUGGUCGGAGCUGCUCUCAGGAGGAGAGGAUAGAAUUCUACGAACUGGACAAGAAAGAACGAAUCCGAGACAAGUUUGUCUCAGUGCUGCGAGAAGAGUUCAAAGGCAAAGGCCUGGCAUUCUCUAUAGGGGGUCAGAUCAGCUUUGAUGUGUUUCCUGAGGGCUGGGACAAGCGCUACUGUCUGGGCCUGCUCGACAGUGAUGGAUACUCCACCAUACACUUCUUUGGAGACAAAACCAACCCUGGGGGAAAUGACUACGAGAUUUAUGCAGACCCUCGAACCAUCGGCCAUGAAGUGAGCAGUCCGGAGGACACACAACGCAUCUGUGAGCAACUGUUCUUUUCCUGAGAGGAGGAGGAAAGGGGUCAGGGUCAGGGAGGGAUGAGUGAACCGUGAGCCAUGACAUCAUCACACCUGUAUAUAAUCACCAGGAUGUAAAUCAGCUGUUUCUGAAUAAAGAACUGAACCAUUCAA